GAAACGUGGCCAAUUAGCUAUUAGGGCAGUACGAAGAUACAAAACCCCACCGCCUAGGGUUUUUCGCCCACAACUGAAUUUGUUCGAGAGCAGUUUCUUCAAUUUGCAUCCUCCUAAUUGCCAGCGUUCUUCACAAGGCUCAGAACAUCUUGCGCGACUGUCUCUUCACAAUUACAGCAAGCAAACCCUUGAGACUAUAAACCUGAGCCAAAAUGCCUCCCAAGUUUGAUCCCAACGAGGUUAAGGUGAUUCACCUCAGAGCCACGGGAGGAGAGGUCGGUGCCUCGUCCGCACUCGCGCCCAAGAUUGGACCCCUAGGCCUGUCACCGAAGAAGGUUGGAGAAGAUAUCGCGAAGGCUACUGGUGAUUGGAAAGGCCUGCGUGUUACCGUGAAGCUUACCAUCCAAAAUCGUCAGGCUGCUGUCUCGGUUGUUCCCACAGCCUCUUCCCUCAUCAUCAAGGCGUUGAAGGAGCCGCCGCGUGACCGCAAAAAGGAGAAGAACAUCAAGCACUCGAAGAGUGUCCCCCUUGAUGAUAUCAUCGAGAUCGCCCGAACAAUGCGAUUCAAGUCAUUCUCUAAGGAUCUGAAGGGAACUGUCAAGGAGAUCUUAGGAACGGCAUUUAGCGUGGGAUGCCAAGUUGACGGAAGAAGCCCCAAGGAUAUCGGUGACGAUAUCGAGAGUGGCGAGAUUGAUAUCCCGGAAGAGUAAGGAAGGGGAAAAAAAAAAGGAAAUGGAUGGGCUGAGAAUGGACUUCUUUUUUUAUUCUGCUGCAUCUUACAACAGGAGUUCGGGAAUGGCUUGCGAUAGUUCUCGCCGACACGCUCUGAAUUGAGAGGAAUCAACCAGCUUUCAGUACUUUGAGACUUGCACACCACCCCCAUCCCCGUCCCGUUACAUCCUUGCCUACACUCCGAGAUAAACCUAGCUCACCGUGGUCUAUUUCUAUUUUGUGUCAAGGGAGAUUGAAGUUCGACCAGCUACUCACCGCGGCCUUCUUGCUACUACAGCGUGGAGGCCGAGGUCCAUCUUUCUAGGUCAACAUACCAGCGACUGAUUCUAUUGAAAGGUUAGUUCUCUAGGAUGUAGUUUUUGAUGUGUGUUGUAAGAAUGAGAAUAUCUAUUGAUUACGUGAGUGCAUAUGCACAUCAAAUACUGCCCGCCCCUAAGGGCGCUGGAAUUGAUAAUGCUUACCAGUAAAUACUUAAGAAUAAUGCUG